CAGCUGAUGCUAUAGCAAAACAUCGAUAACAUUAGAUUGCACGUGUUGAAUUAUUUAGUUUUGUUUGGCAUUAUUUACAUUUUCAAUUCCAGCUGCGUGUAACUCAAAAAUCUUUAAAACCCGAUAGAAAAUGGCACGAAGACCAGAGCAUUCUGCACCACCAGAGAUUUUCUACAACGAUGAUGAAGCCAAGAAAUAUUCUACAAACACACGCAUAAUAGAAAUCCAGGUAGAAAUGGCAGAGCGUGCCCUGGAACUGUUGGCACUCCCCGAUGAUGAUGAAUCGCGUCUCAUUUUGGACAUUGGCUGUGGCUCCGGACUCUCGGGCAGCGUUCUAGAGGACAGUGAUCACAUGUGGAUUGGAAUUGACAUAGCCAAGUCGAUGCUGGACAUUGCAGUGGAACGCGAAGUGGCCGGCGAUGUCAUUUUGGGUGACAUGGGCGAAGGCAUGCCAUUUAAGCCCGGCACUUUUGAUGGUGCUAUUUCCAUUUCAGCCUUGCAAUGGUUGUGCAAUGCCGACAAAUCCUAUCACAAUCCACACAAGCGCCUGCUAAAAUUCUUUAGCACGUUGUUCUCCUGCUUAACGCGCACUGCACGCGCUGUCUUCCAGUUCUAUCCAGAGAAUUCAGAUCAGAUUGAAAUGGUCACAUCCCAAGCCAUGAAAGCUGGUUUCUAUGGUGGCCUGGUGGUCGAUUAUCCCAACUCAGCGAAGGCCAAGAAAUACUAUUUGGUGUUAAUGACUGGUGGAGCGGCAGAAUUGCCACAAGGCUUGGGUAAGAGUUCCUUGCAAUUAAAUCGAAAUUUAAUCUUACAAGUGCAUUUUACAGGCUCACCGGAAGAAGAACGUCGCAUAAACUACAUAAAGAAGCGUGAUGCUUGCCGCGAUGCGCGUGGCAAAGCGCCAAAAAAGUCGCGUGAUUGGAUUUUGGCCAAGAAAGAGCGGCGUCGUCGUCAAGGUCUCGAGACGCGCCCAGACACCAAAUAUACGGCGAGAAAACGUAGCGGACGCUUUUGAGAAUUUCUGAAUAUAACUGAAAACCUAAAUAAUUUACACAUGAUUUAUUUAUUUAAACAAUUAAUCAUACAAUUAUGAAC